UUGCAUAAUUGACAUAAAUAUAGCAAAAAAUGAGAUAUCUACAACUUCCUUAUAUGUAACAAUUAAUUAUAGACAAUAUAGUAUUUAAAAAUAUGAUAAAUAUAGGAAAACCAUUGCCUAAAGAUCACGCUGAAGUGGCUAAACAUGUAAAAGCAAGACUUUUUGAUGAAGAACGAAAAAAACGAAUUUUCAACCCAACUACUAGAACUAUUGGCAUCGAUAAGGAUGCUCUUGAUAAGCAAGUCCAAGAAAAGAAAAUACUUCGAGAACAAGAACAAGCGAAACACCAAGCAUAUUCAAACAAAUUAUUACAAGAUUGUGCCACAUCGUUACAGCUGGACGAACAAAAUAAAAAAAAACAAAAAGAAAUAGAUUUAGAGAUCUUAGAGUUCAGAAAAAAAUAUCAAGCUCCUGAAACGCGUAGGGAGUACGACAUAUACGACCCUCUACAAUGCAGAAAAAGUCAGCCUAGCCGCAUUGGUGACGAUGACCCGAGAAUUACGUUGUCGUCAGUUCAACGAUUUGAAGGCGAAGAGGGCAUAACAAAAGAACAAAAAGCGGAACAAAUACAACAACAGCGUGUGUGGUUAGAAAUGCAAAUACGUGAAAAAAAUAUGACUCGAGAAGAGAAUAAAAACGUCGAACGUACGUGGCAAGAAACCGAACACACGACAGUUCAACGAGCAAUGGCACUUGCAUCACUGGAGAAUGAGUGUAGGAAAAAAUUGAUAGAAGCAAAUUACCGAUACAACCAAGCUCUAGCAUCCGAACAAAAAAUGAAUAAAAGUAUUAUGGAAGCCGAGUGCAACGAAGACAAAAUGGCAGAAGUGUACAAUGCGAUCACUGGAGACUUUCUAACGGAAAAUCCCGAACACGGGUUUAACAGUGCUUUAGGGCCAGGAAAAAUAUCAACUUCGCUCUAUAAAGGUUUUACGCCGGCUAUGAAACAAGCAAUAUACGAUGAACAAGCUAAUCAAAGAGCAGAACUUAAAAUACGAAAAGAGGCAUUCGAUAAACAAGAAAAAGAUUGGGCUGAACUUUUAAAUAUACUGGCUAGAUGCGGCACACUGAAUGAUAGAGAAAUGCAAAAGAAAAAAAGAAAUUUAGAAGACGGAAUAAAGGACUUCAACUUAGUUCUAGCUAAUGAACAGAAAAAUAAACAAAAUUAUCUGAAUAACGUCCUGUAUAAAACGAAAGCUUCAAAUGAGUUUUUCGAUCAGUUUAAUAAAACCACUAGAUAA